AUGGACCUUGACGAGGCCGAGCUAUUCGCAGGUAUCCCCUACCCAGACGAUUCGGGCUCAGCAUAUGAAGGUUCUUCGGAGAAUGACAGUUUGUCUCAUGACAAGGAUGGCCAGGACCGGGAAAAGCCAUCAAAACUAAAAGAAAAGCCGGCAAUCGUGAGAGGACGAAGUGCUACUAGGAAGAAUGCUAGGAAGUCGACAGAACGUUCAUCAUCGGGAAAGAAAUCAUUCGAGGGGAUUGCUACGGUUCCAAGGGAGAAGCAAGAUUCAAGCUCAGAAACAGACGUGCAACCCUUCGAAGAUGCUCAGGAGUGGGCUGCCAAUUUCCAACCACCAACACUUGAAGAUAUCAGGACACCAUCAAGGCGCAAUUCACGGAAGAGAAGAGCCCUGAAACCUCCUAGCGAGAUACGGUCCAAGAGACUUCAUGCCUACUAUGAUAACGACUACCGGAAAUUGCUUAACGUUGAGAUCAAUGACGCUACGUAUGGAGAAUUGUCCCAGGAGGUCCUGGAGGCGAGUCAAGUCGGGUCCUCUUCUUGGAAUGCCGAAGAGAAAGAACUUCUUUUCUCCUCGUUAGCAAGACUAGGCAGAGAUAAUGUCCGAGGUAUUGCUGUCCAAAUUGGCUCCAAGUCAGAACCUGAAGUUCAGGAAUACUUGCAGCUCCUACAAGCAAACGUCGCGGAGCGAAAGAGGAAAAGCAGACGCAACUUUAUGGUUGCAGAUCUCCCAGCUGCGACUGAGAUAAAUGAGGAGUGUUGCAUUGUGCUCGAGAGAGCUGGUGACGCUUUAGCUGCUCGCCAAGAAAUGGCUGAAGAGAAGGUUGAGCAUAGUAAGUGGUCAGAUAUGUGGCUAGUUAACGAAAAUGUUUCCCGAUUGAUUGAGAGACGAAGAAGGGAAGAAGGCGGAGAAGAAGCAUUGGAAGCGGUUCUCCCAGCUGGAAACCUGUUUAUCUUCAAGAAUUGGCUAGAGUUGUCGCAAAGAGUGUUCAUGAAUCCUGGAACUCCAAGAGAAGAAGACAAUUGGGAGAAUUUGGCCGAGCCAAGCGAAACCCCAGCGGUACGAGCUACUGCAUUCGAAGAUUUCCAUUCGUUGGCUGUCAAUAUCACGAAAAAGCUGCUCUCAACGACAAUAUUCUGCACUAUGUCGAGGUUGCGUUCUGGAAACUAUCACUACGUCAAAGUUUCCGAAGUUACGGCUGAUGAUGUGGAAGCCGCUGUCAAUAUCCUUGGCUUGAAGAAAGAUAGUUCACAAUUUUGGCUUGGAUGUCCGAAGCGGAACAACCUAGAAAUCAUCGACGAUGAGGAAAAUCCAGAAGAGAGAGCAGCUGUCUCUUUAGCAGACAACGACGUUGAAAGAGAGCUUUUAUCAUCCAGAUGCUCUAGAUCUCGCUCACUAUCUGUCAGCCGACAUGAGAAAUCGCGAGCUUCCUCACAAGCUUCGCGUCACGAAGAAGCUGCCUACUCUUCACCCUCUGAAGUGGAAUAUGAAGAUCCCCAAGACUUCGAGUCGGAGAGCUCUACUGACGACGAAAAGAAGUCGGCCCCUCGCGGUGAGAGCCCAGACUUUACCGACCCAGAAUCACCAACAGUAACAACUCCCAAUAGAAGAACUAGAAUCCGAGACCGAAAGGCAGCAGAGCUCGCGCACGAAGCGUAUACAGAAGCGUUGGACAUGGAAGCUAGUCAAAAAGAGGAAGCCAGACUAUGGUCACUGAUCGAGCAAGAGCCGCCAUUUGAGGUCGAGACAAAUUUCGACAAGGUAGAACGGCCAGUGGCUAUCAGAGAUGAGAUCGAAGAUGGCAGGAAUUGGAGAGACCAUCUAGAGUAUUGGAGUCCAUGGGAAACGAUGGGGACUCCUGUGCCGAAAUCAGCAUUUGAGAAGAAUAGGAAAAGAAAAUCACGGAGAGCGAAAGCACGGGCUAAGGGGAGUUGGCCCCGUCUAGACCAUAGUGUAGAUGAACCUGUGGGCUCAGAUGAAAAUAUGGUCUCUGAAGAAGAGUCGGAUGUGGAAUACCGAAGUCAGAAUUCUAAUUCACUAGAAGAGGAAAUGGAUGAGAGUGAUGGAGGCGAAGAUUAA